GACUACAUAUCGUCCGCCAUGAACCGCACCAUACUUACUGCUUUGCUGUUUACUACACUGCUUGUUUUAUCAGAAUGUAGUAACUGUUUCGAUAAUUGGAGUCGGUGUACACCUGAAACGGCGUUUGCUACUGGUAUUUUAUGGAAAUCUUGUGCUGAGUACUGCCAAAAAUGCAAAGGAAGAGAAAGCGGAAGUUGUGUGCAAGUGCACAAUAAGGAAUGCAGUGGAGGAUAUCAAUGCCAGUGCAAAGGAGGAUCACAUCCUAAAUCCACAAAUGCGGUGGACAUAGCUACCUGCAAGCUUGGUUUGUAAAGCAAUAAGGUUGAUCCAUUCAACUGCACACCGUUGUAUUAUCCGAUAUACUCCAUUUUAUCGUCAAGCCAUUUGUAUAAUGUCGUAUUGCACACCAUGCGCGCUGUUUGACGACUUGUAAAAUUGUGAACUGUUCAUUUCCAAUGAUUUCUCCUUGUACCC